AUGGCUUUGAGUUUUGAAUCCUACAAGUGGAAGUAUGAUGUGUUCUUGAGCUUCAGAGGGGUUGACACACGUAGGAGUUUCACAAGCCAUCUCUACCAUGCUCUAUGCCAAAAGGGAGUUAAUACCUUCAUAGACUACAAGGAGCUUGAAAAGGGAGAGCAGAUUUCACAUUCAAUUCUCAGAGCUAUUGAAGGCUCUAGGAUCUCGGUUGUCAUAUUCUCCGAAAACUAUGCAUCUUCGGUUUCUUGCUUGGAUGAACUCGUUAAGAUCCUUGAGUGCAAGGAUUCCAAGGGGCAGCUGGUUUUGCCAGUCUUUUAUAAUGUGAAUCCAUUUCAACUAAGAGGUCAACAUGGAAGUUUUGCAGAAUAUUUAGCAAAACAUGAAGAGAAGUUCAGGGAUGAUAUCAACAAAGUGAAAAGGUGGAAAGCAGCUCUAUAUCAAGCUUCUACUUUGUAUGGGUGGCAUCUAGGAGAUGGGCAGGAAUCAAAGUUUGUGCAGAGAAUUGUUGAAGAGAUAAUGAAUAAACUGAACCGCAUACCUUUCAAUGUUGCUAAGCAUCCUGUUGGGCUGGAUUCACUAACUGAAGAUAUCAAAUCACUCUUAGAAGUUGGAUCAGGUGGUGUUCGGGCUAUAGGAAUUCAUGGAAUUGGUGGAAUAGGAAAAACAACACUUGUUAAGGCUGUUUACAACCAUAUUUCUCAUCUGUUUGAGGGUAGUGCCUUCAUUGCAAAUGUUAGAGAAAUUUCAAGCCAAAGGCAUGGCUUAGUUCAACUACAAGAAACUCUUCUCUCAGAGAUUUUAAGCCGCAGAGAUUUCAAAGUAGGCAAUAAAGAUAGAGGGAUUAAUCUGAUAAAGAACAGGCUCUGUUGCAAAAAGGUUCUCAUAGUUGUUGAUGAUGCUGAUUCAUUGGAGCAGCUGGAGUCAUUGGUUGGAGACUGCAGUUGGUUUGGAUCAGGAAGUAGGAUUGUCAUAACAACUAGAGAUGAGCAUUUGCUAAUUUCUCACAAUGUGGAAACUAACUACAAGGUGAAGGAAUUAAGCCAUGAACAUGCUCUUGAACUCUUUAGUUGGUUUGCUUUCAAAAAGCCAUGUCCUCCAUCAAAUUAUGAGGGGUUGUCCUCCCAAAUAUUAAACUAUGCCAAGGGCUUGCCGUUAGCACUAACAGUUUUGGGGGCUUACCUGUGUGGUAGAGGGAGAGCCGAGUGGAUAAGUGCGCUAGCUAAACUGAAAAAAACUCCAAAUAAACAAAUCUAUGCAGUACUUAAAAUCAGCUUUGAUGGGUUAGAAGAGGAUGAAAAGGCCAUUUUUCUGGAUAUUGCAUGUUUCUUCAAGGGAGAGGACAAAGACUAUGUGAAAAUGAUACUUGAUGCUUGUGACCUGCACUCGGAUAAUGGCUUUGGAGUUCUAAUGGAUAAGUCUCUCAUCACUAUGCAACUGAACAAGCUUUGGAUGCAUGAUCUGCUACAGGAAAUGGGCAAAGAAAUUGUAUGCCAAGAAUCUCCCCAAGAGCCUGGAAAACGUAGUAGGCUAUGGUUUCAUGAAGAUAUACUUCAUGUAUUAAACCAGAACACGGGAACUAACAACAUUGAAGGCAUAAAGCUUGACUUACCAGAACCGGAUAACAUAAAUGGUAAAGCCUUUGCAAAGAUGAAAAGACUUAGAAUUCUUGUGAUCAACAAUGCACUUGUUACUGAUGAAAUUCAAUUGUGUCAUUUUUAUGUAGCUAAUUAUCUAUUUUUUUCCCCUUGUCACUUUACUGAUGAUGUUUGUUUUCCUCAGAUAUUCAGAGACUUGAAACUUGUGUCUUUUAGCUGCUGUGAACACCUCACUGAAAUUCCAGACAUGUCAAUGGUCCCGAACCUUGAGAGUCUCAGCAUAGACAAUUGUAAAAGUCUAAUUAGGGUACAUGAAUCUGUAGGAACUCUUAAUAAGCUUGUUACUUUAAACCUUAUGUUCUGCUCCAAUCUCAAUACCCUUCCAACUCGUUUCAAGUUAAAGUCUCUUCGCAAUCUUCUCCUUACUGGCUGCUCAAAGCUAAGAAAGUUUCCUGAGAUCGUUGAGAAUAUGGAACAUCUUGAAGAAAUCCUUCUCCAAGGAACAGCUAUAAAAGAACUACCUCAAUCAAUUGAAUACCUAGUUGGGCUAAAAUCCUUAUUCCUAGAUUCUUGCCAGAACCUUGAACAUCUCCCCAGUAGCAUUCAGAAAUUGCAAUACCUUACUACUCUUAAUCUUAGUUACUGCUCUAAGCUUCAGGAGCUUCCAAAACUUCCACCAAAUACAAAAUAUUUAGACAUAAGUGAUUGUAGAUCUUUGGAAAGUUUUACAAUGUUGUCCAGCCCAUCAAAUGUUAUUGCUGAGGAUCUCUCAAGUUUUCAACAAAUGAGCUUCAUUAACUGCCAUAAACUGAUUAAUGAACAGGUCCAAUUCCACUUAACAAAUCUCUUCUACAAUGAGGUUGGUGCUUAAUGCUCACUGUAUUUAUAUCUUGUGUGUAUUCUUCCUACA